AUGAAUUUUACAAUUUAUGCAGACCCAGCUGUGUGCAUUAAGUUCUCUGAGCAACAAGAGGUUGCGACCAGUUCUUCUUCAAGCAUCCAGAAUCCGCUUCCCCUCACAUCGUGGUCCGCUACAAAGACUUCCAUAAAUGAAGGCAGACUCUACAAAACAGACGGGAAAAGAAGAGCUCGAAACGUGGAGAGCAGUCGAAAAUACAGGAAGAGGAGGAGGGAACGCUUUCAAAAUUUGGAGCAGGCAAAUAAAAGACUACAGGAACAGAUCGAUGAAGUAGACAGACAACUACAACAGCUAAAUUAUGCUUUUCAUUUAUUUGUACAGCAUGCUGAGUGUUGCGAGCACUGCUGCAAUAUCAGGAUAGGUGAAUAA